GGCACAGGGUGGCGGACGGUGGCCGCGGAGGUCCGCCAUGGAGCACCUGGAGCGCUGCGCGUGGUUUCUCCGCGGGACGCUGGUGAGAGUGGCGGUGCGGCGCUACAUGCCCUGGGCGCUGGUGGCCAGCAUGCUGGCGGGCUCGCUUCUUAAGGAGCUGUCGCCGCUGCCCGAGAGCUACCUCAGCAACAAGCGCAACGUCUUCAACGUGUAUUUUGUUAAACUGGCCUGGGCCUGGACAUUCUGUCUCCUCCUGCCUUUCAUUGCCCUCACCAACUAUCACCUGACGGGCAAGGCCGGCCUGGUCCUGCGGAGGCUGAGCACGCUGCUCGUGGGCACGGCCAUCUGGUACGUCUGCACGGCCCUGUUCUCCAACAUCGAGCACUACACAGGCAGCUGCUACCAGUCGCCGGCCCUGGAGGGGGUCAGGAAGGAGCACCGGAGCAAGCAGCAGUGCCACCGGGAAGGGGGCUUCUGGCACGGCUUUGACAUCUCUGGCCACUCCUUCCUGCUGACCUUCUGCGCCCUCAUCAUCGUGGAGGAGAUGGCCGUGCUGCACGCGGUGAAGACGGACCGCGGCCACGCCCUGCACGCGGCCAUCACCGCUUUGGUCGUCGCCCUGGGCCUGCUGACCCUCAUUUGGGUGUGGAUGUUUCUGUGCACAGCGGUUUAUUUCCAUGACAUGUCACAGAAAGUGUUUGGUACCCUGUUUGGUUUGCUGGGCUGGUAUGGGACUUACGGGUAUUGGUAUCUGAAGUCCUUUUCCCCGGGACUUCCUCCCCAGUGUUCCAGUUUGAGUCUGAAGCAAGAUAGUUACAAGAAAUAAAAGAGAGACGGCAUGGAGGGAGAGGGGCCCGGCAGGACAACGGCUGAGGUAUUUUCCACGUGCUUUGUUCAGUUCCUGGCUGAAGGGUCAUUCCCACUUCAGACAAGAAGCUUACCAGACAGUUUGUGGGGUGGGCCGGAGUCUAGCGAGCAGUUUCGUCCUCAGGCUCUUCUUGGGGACGUGGGUACCAGCAUUCCCAUCCAGGCACUUUUUGUCUCUGGCAAGACUUGACCUUAGCAUGAAAUACUCUUUUGUCCCCAGAGGGAAGAGUGAACGCUCAGUGAAGGGACAAAAUUGGGAAGCUUCUGUUACGUGGCUCAACGGGAGCCUUGGACUCCUGCUCUCUCCCUGGUUCUAGUUCUCUUUAGAGUGUAGUGGCCGUGUUAAUGCUGUAUUUUAACAGUGUUUUCCCCUGGUCGAUUUUUGCCUCGGCAUUUCAUCCUGGCAGGGUUUUUUAUAAAACACUCCAUGCCUCAAAGCUACUCUCGGGCUGUAGGAGUCUCCUUCCUGGAUUGCUGGCCGGUGCCCUGGCUGUGAUUAGGGAAUCACUACAGGGCCUGGAUGAUUUUUAUGUAGCAAACAAUGAUAACUCUGUCUAUUGUCAUAUGUUGGGUUUUGGAGCAAUAAGAUUACUGUUUUGUCCUCCUGGAUUCCGAAUGAGCACGUUCUCAGUUUUUUUGAAUA